AUGACUGCUGAUCAUGGUGACUUUGACAAGCUCUCCGAAGGUCGCACUUACACUUGUAAUCAUUUCUUGAUGGCUUAUGUCGAAGACGACCUCUUUGUGGAUGGGCGUGACCGGGCGUUCCUUGGGCAGACUCAUCCGAUCAAGAACUGGUGGGCCGAACAUGACCUAAAGUGCAUCCCUUCACCCUCUGCUGCCUUCGUCAUGAUCGCAGAGAUUCUGCAGAGUAUGGUCAAGCACGAAGUGAUUGUGGUUGUGAGUCCUUCGAAGGUGCCGUCACAUUCAGUGUCCAUUGUGAGUACAGUGUCUUCCGUGGUUACCCCCAAGUCUUCCGAGUCAGAUAUGCUGCGUGAGUACUACACCGCUGUCCACGCUCUCCUAAAGCAUGUGCAGGUCACGUUCUUGAGCUUCAGCAAGCCGUGGCUGCAUACCAAGGUGCAUCCAGUCACUUUUUCAUAUUGA